AUGAAGUUUCUUUCAUGGAAUGUCAGAGGGUUGGGGAGGAAGGAGAAGAGAGACAAAGUAAAAAAGCUCUUAAAGGAGAGGACUGUAGACAUUGCACUAUUCCAAGAGUCAAAAAAGUCAGAAAUUUCAGAGGAAGAUGUAAGAUCUGUAUGGGUUAGGGCCAAAAUAGAGUUUAUGGUGGUGGAUGCUGUAGGCUCGGCAGGAGGCUUACUGUGUAUAUGGGACCCAGAUGUAUUCCAAGUGAAGGACUGUUGCAGUAAUAGAAGAUUCAUUUUAUUAUCAAGUACUAUAUUUCAUCAGUUCAAUUGUGCUAUUCUAAACAUUUAUGCACCUAAUAAUGUGGGCUUUCGAGGGAAGCUGUGGAAUUGUCUAUUGAAGUUGAAGGAGGAAUUUCCUAAUCCCUGGUGUUUAAGAGGAGAUUUCAAUGAGAUUAGACAGAUUGGGGAAAUGAGAGGGUAUUCUAGGAGAGAUAAAGACAUGGUAGAAUUUAAUGAGUUUAUUGAUAAGUGUGAGGUUUCUGCCUUACCUUUACUUGGUGCGAGAUUCACUUGGUGUAAUUCACUUGCUGGUGAGAAGUGGAGCAAAAUAGAUAGAGUGUUAGUAGACCCAAAAUGGCUUGAGGUGUUCAACUUAAAGUUGUGGGGCCUGCCUAGAUUGGUCUCUGAUCACUGUCCUCUCCUUGUGAUGGAGGAUGAGAGGGACUGGGGUCCAAAGCCUUUUAGGGUUCUAAAUGCUUGGUUCUUGCACAAAAACCUUAAGAGUUUCUGGGAGUCCAAAUGGGAAGAGGCCAGUGUUGAGGGAUGGGCUGGGUUUACUCUGGCACAGAAGCUAAAGAUCUUGAAAAAUGGUCUUAAAAGUUGGAAUGUGGAGGUGUUUGGUAAUAUUAUAAAUAAACUGAAGUUAGUAGAGGGUGAACUUCACAGCCUUGAUAUUCUGGCUGAGACUAGAGACCUUGAUGGUGAGGAAAAAGCUAGGAGAAGUGAAAAUAGAGCUGAAAUGUGGAGAUUGAGUAGGAUGGUGGAGUGGUUAUGGCUGCAAAAGUCUAGGCUUAACUGGGCCAUGAAAGGGGACAAAAAUACAAGAUUUUUCCAUGUAGUAACAAAGUGUAGAACAGUAAGAAACGAGAUAAAUUCUAUUACAGAAAGGGAUGUGGUGUUUGAAGAUCCAAGCCAAGCGAAGAGGAAAGUGCUUGAAUUUUUUAAGAAUCAAUAUGCAGAAUCCUGGCCAUCAAGACCAGUGUUGGGGGUCAGUUCCCAUCAGUAG